AUGGUUGAUUCACCUAUUGUCGGUGCGAAAUUGUAUGUCUCAAACAUUCUUCAUAAAGCGUGCAUUGAGGUGGAUGAAGAGGGGACUGAAGCUGCAGCCGUUUCUGUUGGUGUCAUACGACUCCAGUGUUUGAGGAAAAAUCCAGAUUUUGUCGCUGACCAUCCAUUUCUUUUUACGCCUGCUGAAGUAAUUGAUGAAGUGAAUACAUGGGCUGAAGUUCACACCAACGUACUCAUCAACCAAAUUCUUUCAAAGGAUUCCAUUGAGGUUAUCCGUCAAAGCACAGUGAUAUUUGCAAAUGCAGUUUACAUCAAAGGAGCUUGGAGAGAAAAAUUCAAUGUAAGGUUCACAAAAGAUAGUGAUUUUCACCUUCUUGAUGGCACCUCUGUGAAAGUCCCCUUCAUGGCCAGUUACGAGGACCAAUACCUAAGACACUAUGAUGGUUUCCAAGUUGUGCACCUCCCUUAUGGCAAUUCUCCAUGCAUAUUUAUCUUCCCGAUUUUAGAGAAGGAUUGCCCUACUCUGCUUGAAAAAGUAGGCUCCGAGCCAGGUUUUCUUGAUAACCAUAUUCCAGACUACCAAAUAGAGUUAGCUGAUUUUAGAAUUCCCAAGUUUAAGUUCUCUUUCGAGUUUGAAGCUUCAGGGGAAUCGAACUUGGGCCAAUAA